AUGGAACCCCGUGUCGUCGAGCGACAACGAUCCAGAUUGACCCCGGAACGCACCAGGUCACUCGACGAGGCCGCUGCCGGCUUCGCUUCCAGGAGCCAGUUCUGUAUCUGCGGCCGACGACGAAAAAGUACUGCGCAAAAAGAAACGACGCCCGCAAACCGCGCCAAGCACGGUGCAAAAGACUCCCCACCCGUCGGUGCCUUGGAAGAAACGACAGAAGACGUCGAGAAAAGCAUGGCCAUGGUGGCAAAAAGCACAACCGAUAAAGACAGGGCUGCUGGAAAGGUCGACGGCGAUCCAGCAGAAGACGAUGGGCACGGAGUGCACGGUGACCAUGCGAAUCUGAUCGAAGCCGUUUUGGUCGAUGAACAAAACACAGCAAACCAUACUGGCCCGAUCAUUGUACAAGCCGCUGUGGAAGUCGACAAAGAGGCCGACUCCAACAACAAUCGACGUCUCCUUGCAUUUGUCGUCGUCGUGUGUUGUUGUGCGGUGGUGUUGAUCGUCGUGGCCAUUGUCGUGGCAGUUGUGAUACUGCAGACCAACAAUAACAACGACAACGCUGUAGCGUCGACCGCUGCGCCAGUUUUGACAUUGCCUCCACAAGCUCAGCGGCCAAACACAGCAACAACAACAACGAACAACCUCAGAGCCAAGGCAAUUCCAAUGGGAACAACAACCGACCUGAUGGAAAUCAAGACGGAAGAAUCAAGCCCCUACGUCAGAGCGUUGGAGUGGAUACUAUAUUCUGAUCCAUUGCAAUUGGAUCCCACCAUGGAGGAUGUCUCACGCGUGCAGCAGCGGUACUUAAUGGCCCUGUUCUACUUUUCGUUGUCUCAAGAUGGGGAGUGGUUGUCGUGCAACCCACCCGACGUGGAGCAAGCGGAUGUAAACAGCUUUUGCGUUCACCAAGAAUACAAAGCAGCUGAAAUGGGGGCGGCUGCCCGUUAUGAACCAAAAGACGCCCAUCGGUGGCUUAGCGGGGUUCACGAGUGCUGCUGGGCUGGAGUACAAUGCGAUGAUGAUGGAGAUGAGGUAGAAAUGAUUGAGUUAGGCGGCUACAAUCUCAACGGUGAACUUUUGCCAGAAGUAGGCUUUUUGAGUGGACUCAAACGGCUCUACUUGACCGACAACAGUCUGGUUGGAUCCAUACCUUCUCAUCUAGGGUUACUAAAUGAUCUGGAAUAUCUUUCAAUCGCAAUGAAUGGUUUGGAAGGAUGGAUACCAUCAGAGCUCUGCGACUUGCGUAACCUCAAGAGUCUCGUGCUCAACCACAACGCGUUGGAAGGAACUAUUCUUGAAUGCUUCGAAUGGAUGACACAGCUCGAAAGAAUUGUCCUUUCGCACAAUCAGCUCACUGGUAUCGUCACGCCCAAGCUUGGUAGAUUGCGCGACCUGAAAGAGCUGCGAAUUGAAGGAAACAGAAUAACAGGGCCUAUGGUGGACCAGUGUUGCGAAGAUGGUAAAGACUGCAGAGACCAUUCUCCCAGCUACACAUGUCGCCAACAAGGGCAAGGCCAACAAGGGCAAGGGAGGCCACCGUAG